GGAGGGUGGGGGGUGGGGGGGUCUCUUCACUCGGCUGCUCAGGAGCACCGGGGGCUUUCCGCAGACAUGGAGGCAGAUGGGAGCCAAGCUACCUCGGGGAGCCCCACCGACUCCCAGCACGACCCGGGCAAAAUGUUUAUCGGAGGCCUGAGCUGGCAAACCUCACCAGAUAGCCUUAGAGACUAUUUUAGCAAAUUUGGAGAAAUUAGAGAAUGUAUGGUCAUGAGGGACCCCACCACAAAGCGUUCCAGAGGCUUCGGUUUCGUUACGUUUGCUGACCCGGCAAGUGUAGAUAAAGUAUUAGCUCAGCCCCAUCAUGAACUAGAUUCCAAGACGAUUGACCCUAAAGUUGCAUUUCCCCGACGAGCACAGCCUAAGAUGGUCACAAGAACAAAGAAAAUAUUUGUAGGUGGAUUAUCGGCGAAUACAGUAGUGGAAGAUGUAAAGCAAUACUUUGAACAGUUUGGCAAGGUAGAGGACGCCAUGCUCAUGUUUGACAAGACUACCAACAGGCAUAGAGGAUUUGGCUUCGUCACUUUUGAAAAUGAAGAUGUGGUGGAAAAAGUCUGUGAAAUUCAUUUUCAUGAAAUCAAUAAUAAAAUGGUAGAAUGUAAGAAAGCACAACCUAAAGAAGUGAUGUUUCCACCAGGGACAAGAGGAAGGGCGCGAGGAUUACCGUAUACCAUGGACGCUUUUAUGCUAGGGAUGGGAAUGUUGGGCUACCCAAAUUUUGUUGCAACGUAUGGCCGAGGAUAUCCUGGAUUUGCUCCGAGUUACAGCUAUCAAUUCCCAGGUUUUCCGGCAGCAGCCUAUGGACCAGUAGCAGCAGCAGCGGUGGCGGCAGCAAGAGGAUCAGGGAUCCCUGAUUACGGUUUCUAUUCUUCGCCCGGUGACCAACGGGCUCCGUUAUCGUAUGCGGACUAUGGUUCCAUGGGGCCUCGGGUGGCUCAGAUGCUUCGUAGCGAGCACGCUGCUUCAGCAAGUAACUCCCCCCUCCACCACCUUCCCAGCCCGGAUCAGUUUAAGAGCCCAGUCUUGAAUAGCUACAGUGCUCAACCGAAUUUUGGCGCACCCGCUUCCCCGGCAGGCUCCAAUCCAGCCCGGCCAGGAGGAUUCCCAGGGGCUAACAGCCCAGGUCCGGUCGCAGACCUCUACGGUACAGCCAGUCAGGACUCCGGUGUUGGUAAUUACAUAAGUGCUGCCAGCCCUCAGCCAGGCUCUGGCUUCGGCCAUGGAAUCGCUGGACCCUUGAUUGCAACGGCUUUUACAAAUGGAUACCAUUGAAACGUUACACAUGGUUGGUUGCCAUCUCACUUUGAGAGUAUAUCUGGAUGUCCAGGCAAGACAGGGCGAAGUUUCUGAAUGGUCCCAUGUUUAGGUGAUAUCAUCAGACUUUGAGCACUACAUCAUCACCAAUAACAUACACAAACUGGAGGUGGCACUCUACGGACUUAGGUUGUUUAAAAAUCUCUCAUCAUCUCAUGAAUCUGCUGUACUAUACAAACAACAGCUUUUAAACAUGUAUAUAUAAUCCAUUUCUCUUUUGUUUUAUUUUCUGGAUGGGUUUUCUCCCCCCCUUCCCUCCUCCCCCCUCCCCCCCUUUAAAUCGAUUUGAAUCACGUUUUGUUUUCAUAGCAUUUUGACAUAGUCUCGUAGUCACGUAGAUCUAAUUCUUUGUGUAUCUAGUAAAAAGCCUAACCAUACUAUAACUAACUGUUUAUAUUAAGGGUUUUCUUUUUGUUUUCCCUCCUUUUGAUUUUUUUUUUCCUUCCCUUUUGUUUUAUGUAGUUGUUGCUUAAAGGAUGCUGAGACGGUAACGUGAUUCUCAGUCUUUUGGUACCAAUUCUGAAACUGUAAAAACUCUUCAGGUGGAAGUUUAGCGCACACUGAAUUGUAGGUAGAGCAAGUGCAGCAGGUGGGCUGAAGUCAAGUCUCUCGUUUGUGCUGUCUGGGAGCUGAGAGCGUAGUGGCGUAGCAGGUCUUUUCAUUUGUGAUGUCUCUGUUAACCUAAUUCUAUCUAUUUUCGGCAAUAAGGUAAGGACUCCAAAAGUUUUGCGUGUCCUUUUUUCUAUAAGUGCUUUUUUUUGUUGAAAGAGGUGAUAUAAGGUUUUUUGAACUUGUGAAUCCUGAAAAAAAAAAAAAAAAUGACUGUAAAUACAAUUCCAUUAACUACAUAUAAACUAUUAAGAAAGAGAAAUACAAACUAUUUUUGUGAUGGAGUCGGUCUUAGGCAGUUUCUCUACUGAAUGGGAAAAAAAAAUAAAAAUUAAGUUUUAAACUUCUAGAUCAACUGCCAGAGCUGGCCCAUAAGAGUUAGAUUAACACUGUUUAGCUUGCUCUGUAGGUGUGUUAGACCUUCUAACUGUACUAGCGUCAUACCAGCAUAUUAACUAGUCAUAUGUGCACAGCUUAAAAAUUAACAGUCUAGUUAUAUUUUUUAAUUUAACAACUGCUUUUUCCCAAGACUGAAAAAGAAGCUACAAUUUUACUAUUUAACGUAUUUAACGUUCGAAGCACACCUUUUUUAGUUGUUGUUUUAAAUUAGAUCAACUUGCUGUCCAGUCAUUUCAGCUGCUCGAUAUGUCCUACAAAGCUUGACAGAGAAGAGGUUUCUCUUCCUCAUUUCACGUGCUGUAGGGAGAGCGGUUUUAAAGCUUUGCAUUAUUACCUUUUUAUCCAUUAUUUUCUAUAUCAACGAAUUAGGAAAGCAACCUUUUUUUUUUUUUCUUUUUUUUUUGGGAAUACCUCAGUGCUACACGUAUCACCCUAGAAGUGACAGAAGAUUUUAAUUUAUUGUAGAUGUAAACAGAAUUAAAAAAAAAAAUAAAAAAAAGUAUAAAACAUCAUUGCACUGUGACUGGUGGGGCGAAAACUGACAGUUUCCUAUUUGCACAUGUUUAAUAUUUGGCUGUUAUAUAUAUGGUCCUCUGUUGGGGGAGGAAACUUAUGAAGGAUAUUUUUUAAUUUAAUUUUUUUAAUAUUGGUAAAUAGGCCUGCAACAGCAAAAUAGAAGUACAACAUGCUAGGUGGCAUUAAGAACAUACUGUAGUGUGGAUAUAUUUCUUCUUUUUUUAACGUAAUAUUGACAAGUUUUAUUAAUAUUUUUUUAAAUUGUUACGUUUAUAAAUUUGGUACUUUAGGUACAGCCAGUAUAAGACACUGAAUGCGACAUUUGUUAAAAAGAGCUGCUGCACUCUUAUUUUUGUAAAUUUUACUAACAAGUAGACUAAUGUAGACGUUCAAUAGACAAGGUAGAGCAAGGCAUCUUUAACAAAAAAAACACAAAAAACAAAAACCAGGCACCAUACUGCUAACGGAAAGGAAAACACCUUGUUUUUCUUGUUUUUAAAAACAUGCUUUUUUGUGUAAUAUUUUAGGUUUUGGGUUUGGUUUUUUUUUUUUCUUCUUAUUUCAGAACAACCAGGUUUAAGCAAAAUGCUGGACGCUUUUUAAAUAUUGAGACUUGAUCAAGUAAUAAUAAAAAAAAAAAUAAAACAAUUCUUUAAAAAAUAAAAAUUAAAAAAAAAAAACACACACACACAAACAGCAAACCAAAUUCCCUGCGAGUCAAUGUAUAAGUCAGGGAAUUUUUUAUUAAUAUUUUGUCAAUGUUGAUGACGUACUGUACUACCAUUUGUUUUUCCUCUCCAUUCCCUAUCACCUCACAGAAUAUUCUUUGUUGAUCAUUGUUGUAUGUUAAUAGUGUAUAAAAUGGCUAUCUUGUAAGAGUGCUGUCCUGAUGCUAGUGUAGUGAAGUUCCCCCUCUCCUCUUUCUCUCUCUUUCUCUUCCUCUUCUAGUACAUAUUGGUAGGUAUAUCGUAAUUAAGGUUAAAAAUUUAGAUGUAGUUAUUCAGAUUUAGGACCAGUAAGGAUAGAACUUUCUCUUAUUUAAGAAAAAAAAAAUGCUAAUGAUUUUUGGGCAGUUUUUCCUUUUGUUUCUUUUUUUUUUUUUUCUUUCUUUCUUUUUUUUUUUUCCUCUUUUUUAAUUUAAUUUUAUUUUUUGCUGAUCUGAUGUGGUUUCAACUAACCAAAGGUCUCACAAUGUUAAAAAUGCUGGCAAACUCUUAAGGCAUUUUGUAGAUCCCCACCCUUGACUUUAAAGAGGGGGUGUGCCAUACUACCUUAAAUGCUAACGCUAGAUAUGCAAAACUGGAUUUUUUUAAUUUAUUUUUUAAAAGAGGGAGGCAUGGUAUAUUAAAAUGAUUUUACUAAGAGAAAAAAAAAUAUUUUUUUAAGAAUGCUCAGAAGAAAUUGAUAAUCUGUGUGAAUAUGUUUUAGAUGUUUAUAUACCUUUUGAAAAGUCCCAGUGGCCCAUAGCACAAAUAUUGUGGAACCUGAUAUGUUUUUGAUGUGGCUACCUAGACUAAGGUUCACUUUAGUCCCCCACUCAUCUUGAAGUCCAUCUCAAAGGAUUUGAUUUGAUUUGUAAAUUCCUUUUCAGCACAAAGGAUGCAGCUACAUCUUUAUUUUAGUCAAGCAUCGCGACAACGGGUCUCGCCCUUUUGUUUCAAAAUCCCCCGUUUAGAACAGUGAUGAACCCCCCCCCGACCGACCCCUCCUCUGGACUUACUGGAACGAAAUCCCUGCCUAGUUGUGCAAACGGGCAACAAAAGCAAAAUACCUCCAGCUGUGCCUCGUUUAAUGCGGAGCUCCACAAAGUGGGACCACCCCCAACUGGAUCAUCCCAGAUAGACAGAGCCUUGGCUGGGAUGAUGUAGUUGGGCCUGGCCCUGCUUUGAGCAGGGGGCUGGACUAGAUGUGACCUCCUGAGAUCCCUUCCAACCCUCAUUGUCUAUGAUUCAAAGGUCCAUCACUUAACGUGGAGGCAGGCCCAUACCGGCACGUGGCUAUGCCACGUGCACCUGGUAGCUUUGGGUGACUGUGUUGAUGGAACGGGCCUGCUUAUAUCCAUCAUCCCCAUGGCGCUUUUGGAAGGAAGUGCCGUAUCCAGGCUAAUCAGGAGUGUAAUGUCCCUCUUUCCCCCUCCAAAACAAAUUUGA